UAGGACGUGACCUGGGUCAGGAAAGGAGAAGGACGCCUCCUCUGCUGUUCUUAACCUCUUAUAGGUCAACAUCACCAAAAGCGUUUUCAUGUUUCUGGUGGGGCUCACGGGAGGAAUCGCCUCAGGAAAGAGCACCGUGUCGUCUCAGCUCAGGGAGUUCGGCUGUCCUGUGAUCGACGCAGAUGCUGUGGCCAGGAAAGUGGUGGAGCCUCAGACGCGAGCGUACCGGCUCUUGGUGCAGUACUUCGGGCGGGAGAUCCUGCUGGAGAACGGUGAGAUAGACAGGCAGAAGCUCGGCCAGAUCAUCUUCUCCGACCCUGAAAAGCGCAGGAUGCUCAACUCCAUCACACACCCCGAGAUCCACAGGGCCAUGCUCAAACAGAUUCUCUUCUACUUCAUCCGAGGUUACCGGUACGUCAUCCUGGACGUGCCUCUGCUGUUUGAGACGCAGCGUCUCACUCACUUCAUGAAGCACACGGUGGUCGUCUACUGUGACCCCGCCACCCAGCUGACUCGGCUCAUGCAGCGUGACGGUCUGAGCCGGGAGGAAGCCGAGCAGCGCAUCGCUGCCCAGAUGCUGCUGAGCGAGAAGCGCGGCCUUGCCAGGCAUGUAAUCGAAAACUCCAGCUCGCGCGAGGACACACACCGCCAGGUCCUGCGCUUACACGCCACGCUGGACGACUCCAUGGAAUUCUUACCCAUCAGAGCCGUUGCCGUGGCAGCCGUCGCCGGCCUGGGAGGCCUCUUUCUCUACAUGGUUAAACUCCUAGUAUCCUAGCCUCCGGACGCAGACACUCGCUAUAACACUAAUGUACUUUAUAUGCAGAAAUAAUGUGGGGUUCAUCCAGGGGGCUUCCAUACUAGCAAAAGUAUUGCAGCAUGUAGUGAAAGUUUUUAAGUUUUUAGUAUUUUUAUUUUUUUUUACGUCUAUAACAAAGAGUUUGACAAUCUAAGCUUAAAAUAUCUGAGCUUUGUCCUGAACCUAAUAUAAAACUGACACACUUUUCCAAAACCCAAAUCCUUGAUCGAUUCAGUCGAAGGAUUUUAGACAAUCAAGUUAUAAUAUUUGUAAAAACUGCAUAACUACUGAUGAGUUUAAAAUCAGUAUGUAGUUUAAUAAAAAAAAAAUUAUAAUAACCAUAUGUCAUGCUGUUAAGUAUAUAAUAUAAUUUUGUUCAGGGUUUUAAACAGUGUGAAGUUCACAACAGAUUUUUAACACAUACACAGACUCCAGCCCUUGAGACAUGUUUAGCAUCUGUGAAAAAAGUUAACGUUAUAGAAGUCUCACAAUCCCAAAAUUUUUACGGCAACUGUCACAUCACAUCAUCAAGCUACAUGAAGUCAGUUUUAGAUUUUAUAAACUUUUUUUCCAGUUUGCAAUAAACCUAUGGAUGUAAUUCUCAGCUGAACGAUAUAUUACAUAUUUCUGGUACAGUUCUGGGAAGUUUUUUUUUUUUUUUUUUCAAGUAUACCUUAAAGUGAGUCUGUAAGGGAUUCCAUAAUUUUUUUUAAAUUAAAUUCUUUGUUCUUCUACUGUAUAUUGUAGUUCACCGUAACUAAUUUUACUGAAGUGCAGCUACUUAACACUCUUACACUUUGUUCAGUGUACGCAGUGUAAUUCUCUAUCUAAUGUUAAAGCUGAGGUUGGAAUGAAUCAUUCCUGAAGAACCUGAAUAUAAACACUGUGAUUAAAGCACAUGAACACGACCAUCUGCUCUGCACAUUCUGUAUAGUUCAGUUUUAUUCUCUCUCUCUCUCUCUCACACACACACACACACACACACACACACACACACACACACACGCAUAAACUGAAUGUAUCUGCUAAAAUAAGUGCUGCUUGUUGGAAAUGAAGGGAAUGUAAAAGUUGAACUAACAAUUAAACUGGUUUCAAAACA